AUGAUCCAGGCCGCCUGGUAUCACCUUCUUCUUCGCUCUCGAGACGCCCCCUUCUUUGCAUCCGCCACCGAAGCUCACGACAGGCUAUCUGACGAGUUCAAAAAACGCCUCGAAGGUCUCUUGGUCCUGCAUAGCAACAAAGACAUGAUCGACCAUUCUGCAGCUAUGGGCGGUCCGGCGAGGUUUACUCCCCUCGAGACACUUCAUCCUCUCAUCCGUACCCACCCCGUCACUGGCAAAAAGAUCCUCGCCAUCCACGCUGGCCACGCCCAGCGUAUUUACGGCUACAAACAAGAAGAGUCCGACUACUUGUUCAAUUUCCUCGUCGAUGUCUUGGCGAGAAGCCAGGAUCUCCAAACGAGGGUGCAUUAUGAAGAAGGGACUGUCGCUGUUUGGGACAACCGUACAGUCCUUCACUCCGCCACAUACGACUUCAAAGGCGAUGAGCGCCGCCAUGUCGUCCGAAUCGCAGCUAUGGCCGAGAAACCUUUUUAG